AUGAUUGUUUUAAGGAAAACAAAAAUACUUUGCAUGAAAAAAUACUCAUCUCCUUUAAAAUGUGUAUAUUUAAAGUCAAAUUUUGCUACUAUAAAUUUGAAUUGUCAAAAUAGUAAGAAAAAAAAGGAAUGCUAUGGGAAAAAAAAGUUAUACUCGCUUUUUAAUGGUAACUCAAAUAUAUGUGAUAGGUUAAUGUUAUUGAAAAAUUUACCCAGGGACAAAAAUGAGAAAUAUGAAGGAAUUAGUGCAAAGGUAAUAUACAAAUAUUUGCUAAAUGAAUAUAAAAAAUGUUUUAACUAUAUAAGUUUUAGUGAAAUAGUACAAAGCAUAAAAACAUUUGAUGAGUUGGACAAAAAUUUUAGUCGCGAUGGUGAUUUUUUCGUGGCAAUAAAGGGUGUAGAUAAAACCGUUUUACGCAAAAUAAACGAAUUCGAAUUCAGUGAAAAGGAUCUACAUUUUCAUAGAAGGGAACUAUUAGGAAAAAUUUGCAAUAGAUUGAUUAAAUAUGUGCAUGAAAUGAGCGGAAAUGAAUUAAUUCAUUUUAUGGUUUAUUUUUUUAGAUGGAAUAAAAGUGACAGGAAGUUGUCUCUUUUCUAUAAUUUUUAUUUUAACCAUGUCUUUGGUAAUUUAUAUCUUUUUGGUCAUGAAAUUUAUAAGGUCCUUUUUAUAUUAAACACAUAUCUCAUUAAUAAUGAUUCUAGCAUUAUUUUUGAUGAACGGCUAAUGGGGAAAAACAUGUUUAAUGUAUACCAUUUCAGGGAAUUAAAAAACAAGGGGAAUUACGCGCUCAAAAUGAGCAAAGAUGAAAUUUACAAGAAAUGUUAUGACAAGUUGUUAGAAGACAUAGAUAAAAUUGAAAAGAAAAACGUUGUAAACAUAUUAAAGUUAUACGUUGACAAUUUAAGUAAGAAUAUUAACAUAGACAGUAAACUUGUGGAUAAUGUUCAUAACAAUUUAAUGGACGAAAACGUGGACUAUCUCGUAAAAUUGGUGAAUAUAUACUGUGACAUGAUUAAGAAAGAGGUACAUUGCACUGCUUCGGUAGUUUCCAAAGAAAACGAAAAAAAGGUCCUCUUGGAUGUAAAUUAUAGCACACUACUAAAUUCGGUAAAUAAUAAAAAUGUUUUAAAUAAAAUUAUGGACAACACCCUUGGUCUGUUGUAUGAACAUUUACUAAAAACUUUUCCGAAUGUAAAAUUUGAAAAUCUUCAGGCUCUUUCCAUUUCACUCAUUUCUAUAAAAAAUAUACAUUUUGCUUUAUUAAGAAGGAGGUAUUUUACCAAUAAUGUUUUAUUCUGCGCUACUUUGAAAUUCGGCUUAGAUGCGUCAAAUAGGUUCCUGGAGAAAUGCCUAAAAAUGAAUAAUAAAGAUGCAGUACAUAUUAUACAUAGUAGUGAUGUUGACGCAUCUAAUGGGAUGAGUCUGGAAAAUUUGCAGAAAAUAAAGAUGGGGAAGAGAAGCGAAUAUUAUUUUUACAAAAUAGAAAAUUAUUUGGAUUUUAAUUUCAAAUUGAAAGUUAGUGAUUUGUUGUCCAUUAAAGUUCUGUCUAACUCCUUCGCAAAGGCAGAACAGCUGCACAAUUCGUAUGAUUUUUAUUUACUGUUUAAUAACAUCUCGUGCAUCUUGUAUUAUUUUAUAGUAAAUAAGAAUUCAAUAACGAGAUUUAAUGAUACAUAUAUCUACGUUUUGAAUGACCUUUCUUAUGUAUACAAAAAUGUGAAAAAUAGAGCAGCACAUAGCAACCUAAUUGCGAGUGAUGUUCAAAAGUUAUUUUGCAAAAACGUUUUAAAAGUCAGCAACCUUUAUAUUAAAAACCUUCAUGAAGAAAAGAACUUCCAAAGAGAUCAGUAUGUAUGUUCCCUAAUCUUUCUGAAUAAUUUAUUUUUCGAUAGAAUUGUUCCUUUUGAGCAUAUAAACAAUGUUUGGUACCACGUUUAUAAAGCGUACAACUAUUUUAAACGCAAUACAAUGCUAAACGAGGAUGUUAUAUCUUUAAUUCUUCUAACUUGUUCUAAGUUCCAAUUUUUUACAGAAAACAACUCAAAUAGCAGGUACCACAGAAAGGAGUUAAUUAGUUUGAAAUAUAAUAUCAUGGAUGAUUUGGCUAGAAAUUAUUUAAACACAUAUAAGCACAUUUCCUUGGAUAACUUAUCAAAAGUUUUAAUAUCCCUGUCCAAUUCCAAAUAUAGAUACGAAAUUAGUGAAAAUUUGUUAUUAGGAACUUUGAAAAAUGAAAUUGCAAAGGUUAACGCAAAAAAGAACGGCAACAGCUUUGCAUGUAGGAAGGCUUCAAAUAACGCUACUACGAAGACAAAUUGGGGAAAUAUUCCCACGGAAAGUGCGAAACGUGAUUUAUUUAUAAAUAUGAGCAAAAUUAUUGAAUGCUUAAUAAAGUUAGAUAUAUUUUUGUACCUAAAAAAUAGACAUAUCUACGUGCAGCUAUUUAUGGAGGCGUUCUGCAGUAUGUGCUUAAAAAUGAACCUGUUAAAAAAACUGCUCUACAUAGCUAAUCACUUAUAUGUGUACGAAAUAUAUGGUUACGUCUCCGAAAUUUUGGAAAAGUUGGUAGAAGGAUACGGACAAAUUUCUUACAAUUUUAACGAAAAUGUGGAAAAUAAGCUCUUUGAGAAGAUUACGUGCUAUAUAUCGGAAGAUGAUUAUAUCGAAAUGUCAAACACGUUCUUUGUGCUAUUUUAUGACUAUUUUGAAAGCUUUCAUAGAGAGAAGACGUACAAACAUGCGCUGUGUCCUCCGAAAUGCGGCACACAUUUUACCAAGCUAAAGCAUGGAGGCGGUGCGCAUGACGUGGUACUAAACGGCGAUCAGUGCAGUGUAGGCAAUAACCCCAAAAAGGUUACGGGCGCAUAUAGCGACAAUGCUGUAAAUCUAAAUGUUCUUAAUAAAGUAGCAACUUUGCAGAAUUGUGAGAGUAGCACAAAUAAGGGCUUUCUAAAAAGGAGCACCCACGAAGCGGAUCUUUUCCUAAGCGAUAUCGUAAAUUUAUUUAAAUUCUUGAAGAUGGAUAGAGGCAAAUUUAUCCUAUUUCAACUUUACAUGUACCUUUCUAGUAGCAAAAAGUUCCAAAAGAGUGCUGCCUCAUCAUCGGCGUUUCACAUGGAGGUGUUCAGGGUUUUACAGGACAUGCAUCCGAGGUACCUAUGGGUGCAAAAUUUCAACAUUAAAAAUGAGGAAGGGACAUUUCUGUACACAAUCGACAUCAUGCUGUUCCAAGCAAGCGGGGGAAGGUGUGAGGGCAUAUAA